UCUAAACGGGAUACAAACCUGGCCUAUGCCGAAACUCACAUUUUACCUGACAUCAAAGACACUGGAAUAUAUUUGAGCAGGCAAAGUUACAGAUGAUUUCAUUGGCUGUUUUGACCGGGAAGUUAAAUACAGCCCGCCCCUUGCGGGCCUAGUUUUCUCAGUCUCACACACAAACUUACCUGCACCAACUAGAAAGUCCAGUUUCUCAAGCAAGUCUUAAAAAACACCAGAGAGUCCUGGAGGCAACAUGGACCUGGACAGUAAACGGCUGGUGGUGGUGGUACCAAACGAAAUGUCGGUGCCCUCGGGAAGGGUGUUCAGCAGUGAGGAUGAGGCGUGGAGGAUGUACCUGGAAAACCCACUGACUGCUGCCACUAAGGCCAUGAUGAGCAUCAACGGAGAUGAGGACAGUGCAGCAGCACUGGGUCUGUUGUACGACUACUACAAGGUUCCCAGAGAGAGGAGACGUGCCCCCAGUGGUGUUAGACCCACAGACCCCUCCGCUCUUGGUCCCAGUAACUGUGGGAGCUUGGAAAUACUAGAUCACCAUCUUCAGGCUCAUAGAUGCAAACCUGUCAACCUCUCUCUAAACAACAGCAGCACUGCUGAACAUCAGGGCUCCAAGUACGGAGCCACCAGCCUUCCAGGAGACAGCAGAGGAGGACAUGGUAAAGGUGAAGGUGGAGUGGCUCUUGCUCUGGUCAAGACAGAGGGUCAGGCGUCCAUGGGAGUUUCCUCUCCUGGAGGUUCCUACCUAGAAGAACCCAGAGACCAGAUAAGGAUGGCUUACGGGCAGAGCUGCUAUGAUUUGUCCCUUGGGUACCUGAAAGAUGAACAGAGAAGCACCCCAGACAGCACAUGUGAGGACACUGUGGAAGGAGAGAUGUACCACAGAAGUCCCUCCUCAGGAGCUGAUGGGUUCCACUGUAGCCUACAAGUUGACACUUUCCAGUACAGUCUGGAGGCCAGCAUGUCGCUGCGGCAAGGAGAAGGACCCAUGGCUUAUCUGAACCGGGGCCAGUUCUACGCUUUGACACUGUCUGAGACCGGCUUCAGAUCGUCCCUCAAUCAGCACCGAAGCAAAGUGCGGGUGAGUCGACCGACGCCUUCAAAGGGCCCUGAUGGGAGCCCAUCCCGUAAUGAGCAAUGCACCAUGGGAGGCUCUGAGCUGCAGCGGGACAGUAUUGUACAGAGCGUCAUCAUGGUUGUCUUUGGAGAAGACAAGUGCAGAGAUGAGCAGCUGAAGAAUUGGAAAUACUGGCACUCCCGUCAGCACACUGCCAAACAGAGAGUCCUGGACAUCGCCGACUACAAGGAGAGCUUCAGCACGAUUGGGAACGUGGAGGAAAUUGCCUACAAUGCUGUCUCUUUCACGUGGGAUGUCAGUGAAGAAGCCAAGGUCUUUAUCUCAGUGAACUGUCUGAGCACAGACUUCUCCUCGCAGAAAGGCGUGAAGGGGAUGCCUCUGAUAAUCCAGAUCGACACCUACAGCUACAACAGCUGCAGCAGCAGACCCAUCCACAGGGCCUACUCUCAGAUCAAGGUCUUCUGCGACAAGGGCGCUGAGAGGAAGCUCCGUGAUGAGGAGAAGAAGCAACUCAGAAAGAGGACGAAAGGGAAAAACGGCAGCUCGGGGCCAACCUCUCCCAUGAAGAGGGCCGAGUGCACGCUGUUCAAAACCAUGACUGACCUGGACUCCCAGCCUGUCCUCUUCAUUCCUGACGUCCACUUUGGAAACCUGCAGCGAGCAGGGCAGGUGUUUGCCUUUAACACUGAGGAGUUUGACAGAGAUGGGAAUGUUUUGCUGAAGAGGAUGUCAUGUGUUGCUGAGGAAGAUAUCUGUCCACCCCAGGCCAAGAAGUCCAGAGCAGACAAUGAAAGAAAAGUUCUUCUCUACGUGAGGAAGGAGUGUGAUGAAGUGUUUGAUGCCUUAAUGCUGCAGACCCCAACCCUCAAAGCACUGAUGGAGGCCAUCUCAGAGAAAUAUGCAUUACCUCUGGAGAAGAUGGCCAAGGUUUACCAGAAAAGCAAAAAAGGGGUUCUGGUGAACAUGGAUGACAACAUCGUCCAGCAUUACUCCAACGAGGACACCUUCAUCCUGGCUAUCGACAGCUCGGCAGACUCCUUGCGUGUGACUCUGUCAGAGAUCUGACGGUUGCUGGUGGAUGAAGCUUUAGCCGAGCCCUGUGUAAAAACCUGUGAAUAUUGUUAGCAGUAUUAGAUCACAGUGCCGUCUUUACUGAGGCCCACAUAGGACUCUCAGUAUGGAUCAUUGGCUAAUCCACAUACACCUCACCUGCUGUAGUACCUGUUUACCAGACAACCUGCUGUAGGAGGAUUCUGUGAACUAAGAGCACAGGCUUAAUGUUGAAAACCUAUGGAUUAGUUGUGAGGUGAUCUUUCCUGGCUAACUUCCUAAGCAAGUAUUCAUAGGAAUUCACCUGUUAACACUUUUCGUGUACCUGUGACUGAGACAGGAUCACCACACAGCAUCCAUCCAGCCAGCUUGCUGUGGCUUCACAGGAAGAAGGCAGCUCAGUAUACAGCAGCCUUAUUGGAUUAACAGCAGCGGCUGCUGUUUGGCUCCUCUGGGGGCCUCUGCCAUUCUUCCUGUUACGUCCUCUAGCGAUGGAAGUGUUUAAAUUACUUGAGCAGAUGUUUGAAAUGCUCUCACUUCAGAGCGAGCUUAUCCAACAUCUUGUGCUGGCACUGAGCAGCACAAGAUAGUGGAUUAGCUUAUUGUUUCGUAUGUAUAUAAUUAUUUCUAGAUGUGUUUUGAAAGUGAUCUCUGGUCUCUUGAACUUAGUCUAAUCUUUGUUGGUUGUCCAUCUUGUUUUUUUUAUUGAUUGGUCAUUUUUAAAGCCUACUAAAUGUUUCCAAUUGGUGCCAGUGGAAUAACAGUUAUCACAGGUUGUGAUUACAUGCCGGUGUCUCAGGAUCUAUAAUUACAUGAGGCACAAUUAUGGAACAAGACUGCAAGUCUCCAGGAUGCCGUUAAACUGUUUUGCUUCCUCUGUGCGCAUGUUUAUUGCUUUUCCUCUCACUGAACAGACUGUAGUCAGUAGUAUUUCUGGUAUUAGUUAGGGACUUACAAAGCCCAACCGGUCCAUUUACACAAUCCUCGUCUGAGGCUACUGCAAAUCAUCAGAGCUUAACAGUCUAAUGGCUCUGUUCCAGCUCACUGCCUGUGUUUACACCUGAGUCGCUGACAGCUUCUCCAUCCUUCACACGCUUCAUGCACUGAUGUGAUGUACAGUCUUUUAAAUGAGUCAAUAAAUAAAGAUUUACAGCGGGAUCCA